UGUGGAGACAUUCAUGGGCAGUUCUUUGACUUGAUGAAGCUCUUUGAGGUGGGAGGGUCUCCAGCCAACACACGAUACCUUUUCCUGGGUGAUUAUGUGGACAGAGGAUAUUUCAGUAUUGAAUGUGUACUGUAUCUAUGGGCCUUAAAAAUCCUUUAUCCCAAGACACUGUUUUUGCUGCGGGGGAACCACGAAUGUAGACAUUUAACAGAGUAUUUCACUUUUAAACAGGAAUGUAGAAUUAAGUAUUCAGAGCGGGUGUAUGAUGCGUGUAUGGAUGCCUUUGACUGCCUUCCCCUGGCAGCGCUGAUGAACCAACAGUUCUUGUGUGUGCACGGAGGACUGUCCCCCGAAAUCACAAACCUUGAUGACAUCAGGAAAUUAGACAGAUUCAAAGAGCCUCCUGCAUAUGGACCAAUGUGUGACUUGCUUUGGUCAGACCCACUGGAGGACUUUGGCAGCGAGAAAACCCAGGAACAUUUCACACACAACACAGUGAGAGGCUGCUCCUAUUUCUACAGUUAUCCCGCUGUCUGUGACUUUCUACAACACAACAACUUAUUAUCUAUCAUACGAGCCCAUGAAGCACAGGAUGCUGGGUAUCGCAUGUACAGAAAGAGUCAAACUACAGGCUUCCCUUCUCUCAUCACUAUCUUCUCAGCUCCCAACUACUUAGAUGUCUACAAUAAUAAAGCUGCUGUCUUGAAAUAUGAGAAUAAUGUUAUGAACAUUCGGCAGUUUAACUGUUCUCCUCAUCCUUACUGGCUGCCUAACUUCAUGGAUGUCUUCACUUGGUCCUUGCCUUUCGUUGGGGAGAAAGUGACUGAGAUGCUAGUGAAUGUCUUGAGCAUCUGUUCCAAUGAUGAGCUGACCACUGAUGAAGAGAUAGAUGGACAGCUAAUUUAUGGGCCCAAGAAAGGUGCCACGGCUUCUGCACGCAAGGAGGUAAUCCGAAACAAGAUCCGUGCCAUUGGAAAGAUGGCUAGAGUUUUCUCAGUUCUUCGAGAGGAGAGUGAGAGUGUUUUGACAUUGAAGGGUCUCACUCCAACUGGCAUGCUACCCAGCGGUGUUCUGUCUGGAGGCAAAGAAAAACUCCAAAAUGCUACUAUUGAGGCUAUAGAGGCAGAUAAAGCGAUUAAAGGCUUCUCACCUCAGCACAAGAUCAGCAGCUUCGAGGAGGCUAAAGGGCUGGACCGCAUCAAUGAGCGAAUGCCACCCCGCCGUGACGCCAUACCCUGUGAUGCCAGUCUCAACUCCCUUAAUAAGGCUCUGUCAUCAGAGACCAACGGCACCGAGGGCAAGGCCAGCAGUGGCAGUGGUAAUAUCCAGUGAUCCCACAUCGCUUCUGCACAGUCACCACAGCGAUUAAGACCUUCCUAUCUUUUUUCAUGCCAUAGUUGAUGGAGGGAAAGGAAGGAUUUGGAGUGUAGAGUUAGAGUAAAGGGUAAAGAGAAGAAGGACAGGAGAAAUAAAAGAUAGAAGAGGUGAGGGAGUGCACAGAGUGACACUAGUCUUUGGAUAGGUCUUUUUCUUCUUCUUCUUCAUGGCUUAAAAAACAUGAAAAGUUGUCAUCUGUUCACUCUUUUCUGAUUGGUUUAAGAGUUGGGGUGAUCUUGAUUUCAGCACAGGGAAUUACAGCAGGCAAGAGAUCUUAUGUGAAAAGACCUUUACUUACUGGAUAUAAGAUUUUUGUUUCUGUUUUUGUGUGUAUAACUUCUUACUAACUAUUGUACGUUUACAAACAUACGGCACUAAAAAUGGACAGAACGUAUAAAAAAAAGUUUUUAACAUAAAAAGGGUGUAUAAACUAAGUAAAGACUAUUUAUUGAUACUUUUUUUGCUACUCUUAUAAACUAGCUCAAGAUUAAAUUAGGCAGUCUUAAAGGAAUGUUGCAACAUUGUUAUAAUGCCAAAAAUGGAACGUUUUUUUGGUUUUGUACAGAUUAUGCUUACCUCAGGUUUAUUUGGUGUGUGCUUGGAUCCUACUUUCUGUAUAAUUACAAGCUCGAUGAAUAUGAAUUUUCUUGGAGUUAAAAACUGGAAUUUACAUUUAUUAUUUGCAUAAGUAUGUCUUUGUUUUAUUUAGAUGUCCUGGGGGUGCCUUUAUUUGUGGCUUGCUGGAAAUUCUGUGAUUCCCCCCACCCCUUUUUUUCAAAUAUUGAGAACAACAGCAACAACAAAAAAAGCGCCUAUAUUCUAUGUAUUAAAAAAAAAAAAAAAAAAAAAAAAAAAAGGUGACAGAAAAAAAGUGAUUAAACAAAAAUAUCUGCCUAUGCAUGUUUUAUAGGAAUUAACUAAGGAUAUUGAAUUACCUUGAAUUACAAAGGCCUGUUUUUACUUGUAGUGUGCUUAGUGGACAAAUCCUGAAAAUGUACCGCCAUUCUUAGCUAUAACACUUGGUAAAGCUUCAGGCCUUUAAUUUGUUUCGUAAUCAAAGCAUCUGUUAAUACUACAAAUGAGGAGUCAUGGUUUUAAACAAACACUUGUAUGUACGCCAGUAGUCCGAAUUAGCAUGUUUAGGUGUUAUAACGUGAAAUAAGUUGGUGGUUCUCUGAUGUCAAACUCAAAAUGCAUGAUAGCUGUUAGUGUCAUGCAAGGUUUAGAUUUUUUUUUUUAAAGGUGCCACAGACAAAAGUGUAAUUUGCAUAUUAUUAUUAUUAUUAUUAUUAUUAAUUCUGCUUUGUAUAUCAGUUUAUUAUUGCUAAAUACUUUACAAAACACAAACUCCAUCAAUGUUCUUUUUUUUUUUUAAUUAACAAAUGCUUAAGUGCCCAAAUAAUUCACUACACAAAACGAAGCCUCGCUUUUAUAAUUUAACUUCCGAACUGUUGGCAGAUGACGCAUGCACUUGCAACUAUAAAAAGGUAUUUUAUAUUACUGUUCAAUAAAAUUGUGCAUGAAAUUCA